GGUAACAACCAUGUUUCAGUGAAAGUUUGUUAUUCAGUACUAGUUUAGUGCAGUCAAUCAUAUUUCAGCAUCUUUUUUAACAUCACUGUGCCAGAUUCUGUAUUUAGGAACUUGGUACAAUUGAUUCCAACGAAAAAUUUAAGUUCACCAUAUCUCUUUCUUCAAAUAAACUAUACCUAAAUACAUGUAUAUACAUACAUAUACAAUAGCAAACAUAAUGUGUCUGGAUAUUCAGUAAAAAGUUUUUUUAUUUGAUGUUUCAAGAAAAUAUAAAAUCUAUUUUUACUAAAAUUAGAAGUACAUAUAAACAAAAAGUAAAUACAUGAUUACUUGUCUACUCUACCUUCUGUUUUCUAAUGUUGUGUACUCAGCGUUUAAUUGAGUUUAGCUUAUUUAAAGUGGUGAAUAAGUCCCAAUUGUUUUUGUUACAAUACAAUUUUUUAAGUAUCAAGGCAAAUGGAGAGAACAAUAAACAUAAAUAAAUUGGUAAUACUACAUUAAAAUCAUCAUUUAGAGUUUUUGCUGUCAAAAGUAUGAGUGCAAAGAUUAGUUUUCGAUAAUAUUGAAUGAAGAACAUACAGACCCCGUUAUCGGAGAUUCAGUUGAAUCACAAAUAUGCAAGCUCCAAAUGGAAUAAAUGUUUGUGUCAAUCCGGUGUAUACUUCUAUACCUGGCAUUCCUGAACUCGGAAUGGUAUGGAUGGGAGACAUGAUGGUUCAUGGUGAACCGUCACAUGAACUUAUGAUAGAUUCAAGGCAUGUUACUGAAAGUUCUUUUUUUACCCAUACUUCACAUUCCUUUGAAGAUAUACGUAACAAUCAAGUGGCUCCAACUACUAUGAUCAGAUACUUACCUCAAUCGUUCACUAAUCAGUGUUCAGAAUCUAAUGAAAGUAUUAAAAAUUUGGAAAACCCAGAAAUAGAUCAGGAAUACAGUCUUCGAGAAGAGAAUGAAGAAAUAAGGGAAUAUUUGACACUGGACGAUUACAUAGAAAAAGACGACGAUGAAGAUGAUGAUGAAAAUGGACAAAAACAAAAACACAUUGAAGAGGUUGAUGAAGAUGAUGAAGAAGAGCGUGGAAUGAUAGUGAGUAAUGCUGCUACUCAAACCACUCAAGAUUGUCGUAAUCGUAAAAUAAAACCUAUAAAACAUCCAGGUUUAAUACUAAAAACUCCUAUUGCCUAUCAACCUCAUACAGAUUUAAAUUUUAUUCCGAUUCGGAAAGAUGGGAUUGCUGUAUGCGAAAAAUGUGGAGCAAUAGGAGUUAAACAUGCAUUUUAUACAAAAGAAAGAAGAUUUUGUAGCCGAGCAUGUGCUCGAUCUUCAGAACAUACUAUGCCUACAGCUGAUUCAACAUACAGCCCGUCACAUUAUUUCGAUCAACCAAUUAUUAACUCUUCAAAAGAUGAAAAAGUAAUGUCACAUAGUGAUAAUUCGUCAAAUACAAAUAAAACAGAGUUUAGAGAAUAUUUAUGCUCAGAAAAUAAGGAUAAUGAUGAAGUAAUCACAGAAACGGUGAUGCCUGAAGAUUUACCAGUGAGACGAAAAAGAACAGCAGAUAUGGCAGGAUCAUAUGAUUGGACACCACAACUUACUGAACCGGGCUUCUGUGCAGCACCAGUAUCAUGUUUUAAACAUGCUCCCAUAUCAGAAUUAUGGGAUAACAUUACUGUUGGAAUGAAAGUAGAAGUUGAAAAUACUGAUUGUGAUGAAGUUUGUGAAGCUUUUCCUGAUUCUUUUUGGGUAGCUACUGUCCUCAGAAUAUCAGGAUACAGGGCAUUAUUACGUUAUGAAGGAUUUGGCCAUAAUGCUGAUAAAGAUUUUUGGGUUUCACUUUGUUCUAAUGACAUUCAUCCAGUUGGUUGGUGUGCUACUAUUGGAAAACCUUUAAUACCUCCAAACACAAUUGCUAAUAAAUAUAAAGACUGGAAAGAUUUUCUUAUGAGACGACUCACUGGUGCUAGAACUCUACCUACGAAUUUUUAUAAUAAAGUGAAUGAAAGUAUAAAAUCCCGAUUUCGUUGUGGUUUACAUUUAGAAGUUGUUGAUAAGAACAGAAUUUCUCAAGUUAAAGUUGCUACAAUACAAAAAAUUAUUGGUAAACGAUUGCACGUGAGAUAUUAUGAUUCUCCACCAGAGGAUAAUGGUUUUUGGUGUCACGAGGACUCACCGCUCAUACAUCCAGUAGGAUGGGCUAAAAGAGUUGGUCAAACACUUGAUGCCUAUCCGGAAUAUUUACAAAGAGUAGCACAGGGACGGUUAUGUUCAGAUGAUGCUACAGAAAAUUUAUUUCAUGUGCCAAAGAGCCAUAUAAAUUUUAAUUAUUCAUUUCAAGAAGGAAUGAAACUUGAAGCUAUUGAUCCAUUAAAUUUAUCAGCAAUAUGUGCUGCAACCGUUAUGCAAGUCUUAAAAGAAAAUUAUAUAAUGAUAAGGAUUGAUAGCUAUGAUGAAGAUACUAAUGGUGCUGAUUGGUUUUGUUAUAACAGUAAUUCACCGUGCAUUUUUCCAGUUGGAUUUUGCGCUCAGAAUGGUCUACCGUUAACACCUCCGAAAGGUUGUGAUCCAACUACGUUUAGUUGGAAUGCAUAUUUAGCAGAAACGAAUGCUCUACCAGCUCCAGUUCAAUUAUUUAAUCGAGAAAUUCCACAACAUGGUUUUAUUGAAGGAAUGAGAUUGGAAGCAGCUGAUUUGAUGGAUCCCAGAUUAGUUUGUGUAGCUACAAUUACUAGAGUAAUUGGUCGAUUACUGCGUGUUCAUUUUGACGGAUGGGAAGAUGAAUAUGACCAGUGGUUAGAUUGUCAAAGUCCUGAUAUUUAUCCAGUAGGUUGGUGUGACCUUGUUGAUCAUAAACUUGAAGGACCACGAGUACUCACUAAAAAUAUUAGUCCAACAGUAAAAACACCGAGAGGCCUUAAACGUAAAGCAAAACGUAAAAUUAAAAAAGGUGGUAAAAUAGUAUGUUCUAAAAAUAUUUUAUCCCGCCAUAGUGAACGGAUUGAUGUUCUCAAAGGGCGUGAAAAAGAAAUAGAACUCGUAGAAGCUACCAAGAUUGAACGAGCUCGUGAAUUUGAAAGUUUACCUAGGCAAGAUGAAAAGGAACCUGAAGCUGCUCAAGCAGCUGGUCCUGAUCAAACUUUACCAACAAGCGGUCAAGAAAAUCUAUCAAAAUUAAUACAAGAUGAUGUUAGCUCAGUCAAUAGCAAAUACAUUCCGAAAAUAACAGACGGAUGGAUGAAAAAUUCUUAUUGUAAUAAGUUAAUUCCUAACGAAUGGAAUGUUUUCGAUGUGACUCAAUUUUUACGUAUAAACGAUUGUGCAAGUUACUGUGACAAUUUUAGUAAUCACAAAAUUGAUGGCAAAGCACUUCUUGCUCUCACUAAGGAUCAAAUAAUAGAUUUAACCGGUUUCAAGGUUGGCCCAUCUUUAAAAAUAUUUGAUCUUAUUCAACAGUUAAAAAUCAAAGUAAAUCCAGCUCAAGAAAGGCUAAAAUUAGGUCUCAAAAAACUAUUAUAAUAUUAGUAAUUAUAUAGUUUACAGGCUUUAGUAUUAUAAGUUAGAAAGAUAAAAUUAUAGUAAAAUUGUUUAUUAUAAAAUGAAAAAUAAUUUUCUAUAAUUUCAGUUAUUAUUUCAGUUCAUUAAUAAUUGUAAUGUUUUUCUCAUCUUACUAUUCAAAUACAAAUGAUUAUUCUUAUUAUUACCAUCAUUAUAUGAUAUGAAUAAUUUUUAAGUAUGUGAUGAUUAAUAAUGAUUAUAAAAUUGACAAAAAACUAUAAAUAGUCAUCAACAAUAUAAAAAGUUCUACAAUCUGAUUUUUUAAAAUAUUUCUAUAAACAACAAUUAAUAAGUCUAUUAUAACUUUGAAAAAGUUUUGAUAUGCGUAUAUCUUUUUUACAUCAAUGAAAAAAUGAACAGAAAAAAUGUAUCAAUAGGAAAAGAAUCAAUGAAAGACGAUGAUGAAAAAAAAACAGUUUAUUUGAAGACUAUCAUAGAGUAAUCUAUACUAGUCUUAAUGUCCUUCCAUUGACGUUUACUUGUAAAAAUCUUUCAUAGUAAUAAAGUGAAAUAAGUGUCAA